AUGGCGCAUGACUACAGUUGGGGCGGGAAUGUUAUCCGUACCUUCUUCGAGGAGCAUCUACCGCUCAUGCUCGACGCACCAGUGAUUAUCACAUCCCUCAACUACGAUCACUUUGGGGAAUUCCUUGUUUGCAGCCUCCCGUUCUUCAUACAAAUGGGGAAGAAGAACUACGUGACAAUCAUCCUUUGCAUUUUUGGGCGCAUGGGCUUCUACCGUGCGCACAACAUCCCGCUUUACAAAUGGAUCCAAAACUACUUCCGGUAUCUCAGCGAGGAGGCCAUCGAACUCUGGCAUUCAGUCAUCCGUCCCCUUAUUCAUCCGACGAUGCAGCAGAAUCAAGCCGAGCUGCGAGUCAUGUUCAAAGCUGCCCUCCAAGAAGCCGAUGCUCAGGAAGCGGCAGUACUGAAUAUUCGCCGAGGCAAGCUACGGGGAGCAAACGCCGGGACGUCGUUGUUCCAAUUCCGCAAAGACCAGGAGUGCAACCUCCAGGCUGCGGCGGAUAAGCUUCUCAGCAUUCUUGACCAGAUAAUCGUCUACAACAGAGACCAUGGCGGCCCAGCCUACGAGAGGGAAUCAAGGACAGCUGGCAAGAAUCCGGUGACCACGCGGUUGUAUCGUUUCACCGCAGAGCCUGACGGCCUGCUGCUAGGCAAGGCAGUCAUCCCACUUGACCAGCGACGCCCAAAUGCACAAGGCCACACCGUAGUCAAGGUUGGAAAGCAUGUUGACAUUACUUGA